CACUUACGCCGGCGGCGCGAUCGGGGCCUGCGUGCGUGCUGACGCAGGUGCCGAGUGACUUGGGGCGCCCGCGGCCGUCCUCGCCCUUUCUUUCCGGACCUGGCCAUGGGCACGCCCGAGAAGGACGUGGUCAUCAGGCCGGAUGCCCCGGACACGCUGCUGCUGGACAAGCACGCCAGCUACAUCUCGGCCUACGGAGCCAAGAAGGACGAUUACGAGUACUGUAUGUCUGAAUACUUGAGGAUGAGUGGAAUCUAUUGGGGACUCACAGUGAUGGAUCUAAUGGGACAGCUUCAUCGAAUGAAUCGAGAGGAAAUCCUCACUUUCAUAAAGGCAUGCCAGCAUGAGUGUGGUGGCAUCAGUGCCAGCCUCGGCCACGAUCCUCACCUUUUGUACACUCUUAGUGCUAUUCAGAUUCUUACUCUUUAUGAUAGUCUCAAUGUUAUUGAUGUAAAUAAAGUUGUUGAAUAUGUACAAAGUCUUCAGAAAGAAGAUGGGUCCUUUGCUGGCGACAUCUGGGGUGAAAUCGAUACAAGAUUUUCUUUCUGUGCUGUGGCAACAUUAGCACUUUUGGGGAAGCUAGAUGCCAUCAAUAUUGAAAAGGCAAUAGAAUUUGUUUUAUCCUGCAUGAACUUUGAUGGUGGAUUUGGGUGCAGACCAGGCUCUGAAUCCCACGCUGGGCAGAUCUAUUGUUGCACAGGAUUUCUGGCUAUUACUAGCCAGUUGCAUCAAGUUAAUUCCGAUUUGCUCGGUUGGUGGCUUUGCGAACGCCAGUUACCAUCCGGUGGCCUCAAUGGACGACCAGAGAAGUUACCAGAUGUAUGUUAUUCCUGGUGGGUCUUAGCUUCCUUGAAAAUAAUCGGAAGACUUCACUGGAUUGACCGGGAGAAAUUGCGCAGUUUCAUCUUGGCUUGUCAAGAUGAAGAGACCGGAGGGUUUGCAGACAGGCCAGGAGAUAUGGUGGACCCUUUUCAUACCUUGUUUGGAAUUGCUGGACUUUCUCUGUUAGGAGAUGAACAAAUCAAGCCAGUCAAUCCUGUGUUUUGCAUGCCUGAGGAAGCACUUAGAAGAAUCAAUGUGCAGCCAGAACUCGUGAACUAGACAGCAAGCCCACUAGACUAGUGCUUGACACAUCUUUACUUUUUCAAACGUGCACAUGAACGUAGCCGAACAGAGUUUUGGCGAAUUGGUCUUACGUUGUACAUUGUGUCAAAUCAAUUUUAAUAAAUUCUAUAAUUAUAAAUUUGUGUUAUAUAUGUGUGUGGAUAUAUAUUGUAAAAAGCAACCCUGUCCUAAUACAUAGCUUCAGGUGACUGACUGUAAUGCUGUCUAAUUGUUGGCGCAGUAGGUUAAUGGCACUUGAAGCAUGUAAUGCCUUUGUAAAUGAUUGCCAAGUAUCAGAAGUUUUGAUGUGUAAAUAAUGAAAAGAUGUCAUUUCUAUUUAAUGAGCUCUUCAUAAAAACCCAGCAACAAAUGAAAGCCCUUCCUCACCAGGACUGUAGAAGUGUUGUCAUUAGCUUGUCAUUAGUGUUCAUGUAAAGUAAACGGUGUAACAUCUUUUACUUGGGAAAGGACUGAUUUGUUGUGUAGACUUGCUCCCUAUAAAUGGGUUAGGAAGUUACGAACUUGCCCACCUAUAUUGCAUACUCUUUGUAUAUGUCUCAGGAAAAUGUCCAAACAGCAGUGUGAUGAAUGAUUUUAGUGUGCUUACAUGGAGAUGGAUCUUCAGCCUAGCAUGGAAAAAUUUGAGAAUAAAGUGAGUAUUCCAGUUGA